CUCCCGGCCUUCAUGGCAGAGAAUGGAGAUUUGCAGCAACAAAUCCUCCAGAAGACCCUCAAGGAGGUAGCGGACGAGGAGGCUGAGGGUGCUGACCCUUGCGUCAUUUGUCUGGAUACCAUCACAGAGCCAUGUGUUGGAAUACCAUGCCGACAUGCCAACUUCGACUAUCUGUGUCUUCUUAGUUGGCUAGAGCAGCAGCCCAAUUGUCCUUUAUGCAAGGCCAAUCUCACUGCUGUACAGUAUGACUUGAAAGGACCUCAAGGCCCAAAGACAUACACCGUCCCUCCCGUCACCACUCCCGGAACAGCAGCCAGCGCCCCUCUGCCGCAUGAGAUUCGAUUGCGAGGACACCAACGCCGUCGACAAAGACCUCGUCUGGCUCAUCCUCAGCCUACGAUCAAUGACCCGCUCUCUGUGCGUCGCAAUGUUUAUCGCAAUCAGCUAUACUCACUGCGGGUCGGGUCGAAUCGCCUUUCUCAAUACACCGAGGUGACACCGGAGAAUUUCAACCGAGACGAAGCGCUGGUUUCGCGCGCUCGGAAGUGGAUCCGCCGUGAAUUGCAGGUGUUUAGCUUUCUGCAUCCAGAGGCAGAGGAUGCACCAGAAGAAAGGCGGGAUCCCAUUCCUCGCUCGGGACAGCAACGAUUACAACAGCGGAGGGCAAACAAUGCUGAGUUUUUGCUCGAGUAUGUUGUUGCCAUUCUGCGGACUGUGGACAUCAAAGGGAGUGCUGGGCAAGCGGAAGAGUUGUUGCGCGAUUUUCUCGGGAGGGACAAUGCUCGUUUGUUCCUGCAUGAAUUGCUGGCAUGGCUGCGAAGCCCUUAUGCUUCACUGGAGGACUGGGAUCGUCAUGUGCAAUAUCCGACUUUGACAACCACCUCCCGCGAUAGAGAGGUUCGGGAUGCCAGCCCUCGUCGUUCGGGCUCCACUCGUCCAGAGUCCACGCGUGCCCGUAGCGCAUCGCCUGCCCGUGAACGCGAUCGAAGCUUAUUUGAUCGCGUCUCGAGGCCUCAAAGUGCCCGGUCAGCUUCACGAAGAGGGACGGCAUCUAGGAACCGGGGUCCAGGUCGCCGCGCUCCAUGGCCGGAGCGCAAACGGCAUCUUCUAGACCGAUACAUUCCCGACUAACAGAAUAUAGAGUACCGUAUAGUAUUAAUCAGCUGGUCCUGUACUCCCUACGUCUGAC